UGGAAACCCGGCCCGGGCCCAGAGGGAGGGAGCGAAGGAAGGAAGCGGCCUUUGUCCCGGGCCGGACGCUGCGAGUGCGGGCGGGGGGGCCCAGAGCCAACCAGAGACGCUGAGACAGCCACUGCCAAGCAGAGCUGCCAGGCCCACCCGGCAAGGUCAGGACAGGGUCGUCGAGAGGGUGUCCAGGACAGGCGUCACCAUGGAAGACACUGGGACUAAAGUGCUGGGGGAGAGAGCUCCGUUCUGCCUCGCCUCCCUGCCGGUGAUGCUGGGUUCCCGGGUGGAGAGGAGCGAGCCCUGGGCCAGAAGGUGGGGGCCCUGGGCUCUUCCCCUGACUCACUGUGUGACCUUGGAGAAGUCACUUCCCCUCUGUGGACUCCAGCGUCCCUGCUCUAAAAGUGGCCGCGACGCAGGAGGACUGGAGAGCGUCGAGGAGGAGGGCGUGAGCCCAGAGGAGUCUGGGGUCCGAGGUCUAAGGGACAAAGCUCCUCCGGCCACAGGCGGACCCCGGCACCUAGAGGAGCGUGGUGUGGCUGCUGGACUCCUUCCGCCUAGGGCCCAGGAAGCAGUGACAUUCAAGGAUGUGUCUGUGGACUUCACCCUGGAAGAGUGGGCACGCCUAGGCCCUGCCCAAAGGGACCUCUACAGGGAGGUGAUGCUGGAGAAUUACAGGAACCUGGUCUCCCUAGGAGCUGAAUUCCCAAGCGCCAAACCAAAGCUAAUCUCCCAUCUGGAGCAAAGUGGAGAGCCCCGGCUGUCCGGAGGAGGAGACUUCGGAGGCCUCUGUCCAGAUGGGUGUCCUAAGCCGGAAACUCUGGAUUCAAAGCCACACCAGGAUGUUUCUGAAAAAUUGUCAUCUCAGGAAGAAAGACUUGAAGGGCUCAGAAGAGAUGGCCUGGGCUACUUCAGACCAUCAGAACGUGAGGGCCAAGGAGCUCCACGGCAGGAUAGCCAGGACCCACCUGUGACACCACUGCCCCUAAACCACAAAGAGAUGCCCUCUGGGGAGAAAGGGUAUGAAUGUAACAAAUCUAUUAGAAAUCCGGGCCUGAGAAACCUUACCACAACACAGAGAGAGACCCCAUCAGAAGAGACAUCCCUCAAUCAUGACAACAGAGAGAGCUUCCAACAAAAUUCAGUCACAGUUAACCUUCAGAGAACCAGUGGAGAGAAAAGACCUUUUAAAUGUACUGAGUGUGAAAGGACCUUCCUUUAUCAAUCAGACCUUAUUAUACACCAGAGAAUCCACACUGGAGAGAAACCCUACAAAUGUAAUGACUGUGGUAAAGCCUUCAGUAAUAGUUCUUACUUUAUUCAGCACCAUAUAAUUCACACUGGAGAGAAGCCUUAUGCAUGUAAUAUAUGUGGGAAAACUUUCAGCCAGAGCUCAUCCCUUACUGAACAUCAGCGAAUUCACACCGGAGAGAAACCCUAUUCAUGUAAAGAGUGUGGGAAGGCCUUCACCCAGAGCUCAUCCCUUAUUAAGCACCAGCGAUGUCACACUGGUGAAAAGCCCUUUAAAUGUAAAGAAUGUGGAAAAGCCUAUACCCAGGUUUCACACGUUGCACGACAUAGAAAAAUUCAUACAGGAGAGAGACCCUAUAAAUGUAAUGAAUGUGGGAAAGCCUUUUUUCAUACUGCCUCCCUUACUCAACAUCAGGCAAUUCACACUGGAGAGAAACCAUAUAAAUGUAACGAAUGCGGGAAAACAUUUAGCCAUAGUUCAUCCCUCACUCAGCACCAGAGAGUUCACACUGGAGAGAAGCCCUAUGAAUGCAGUGACUGUGGCAAGUCCUUUAGCCACAGCUCCUCACUUACUCAACAUCAGCGGAUUCACACUGGUGAGAAACCCUAUGGGUGUAAUGAAUGCGGGAAGGCCUACACCCAGAUCUCACACCUUAUGCGACAUCAAACCGUUCAUAUGGGAGAAAAGCCCUAUAUAUGUAAUGAGUGUGGGAAGGCCUUCAGCCACACUUCAUCAUUUACUCAACACCUGACAGUUCACACUGGAGAAAAACCCUAUAAAUGUAAUGAAUGUGGGAAGACUUUCAGCCAGAACUCAUCCCUUACACGGCAUUUGAGAAUUCAUACUGGAGAGAAACCCUAUGUGUGUAAGGAGUGUGGGAAGUGUUACACUCAGGUUUCACAUCUUAUUCAGCACAAGAGAAUUCACACUGGAGAGAAACCUUACCGAUGUGGUGAGUGUGGGAAGGCCUUCAGCCGGAGCACACACCUUAAUGAACAUCAGAAAAUUCAUACUGGAGAAAAACCCUAUAAAUGUAAUGAAUGUGGGAAAUCUUUUAGCCACAGCUCAUCUCUUAAUCAACAUCAGAGGAUUCAUACUGGAGAGAAACCCUAUGAAUGUGAUGACUGUGGGAAAACCUUCAGCCAAAGUAUACACCUUAUUCAGCAUCAGAGAAUUCAUACGGGAGAGAAACCCUAUGAAUGUAAUGAAUGUGGAAAAGCCUAUACCCAGAUUUCCCACCUCCUUCAACAUCAGAAAAUUCAUGCUGGAGACCUCCCCCAUCGAUGUGGAACAUGUGCAAAAAGCUUUGGGCAGAUUUCAGACCUGAUUAAGCAUCAGGUCAUCCAUGCUGGAGAGAAACCUUAUGAAUGCAAUGAAUGUGGGAAGGCCUUCAGUCACCGUUCCAACCUUAUUCGGCACCAGAGAAUCCAUACAGGAAACAGACCCUAUGAGUGUAGUGAAUGUGGGAAACUCUUCAGUCAUAGCUCAUCCCUUAUCCAGCACCAGAUAACCCACACAGGAGAGAAACCUUACAAGUGUCAAGAUUGUGGCAAAGCCUUUAGCCGGAGCACCUAUCUGACAGAGCACCAACGAAUUCACAUCGGAGAGAAGCCCUAUGAGUGUGGUGCUUGUGGCAAAGCCUUCGGCCGGAGUACAUACCUCGCCCAACAUCAGAGAGUUCACAUCAGGGAGAAGCCCUAUGAAUGUGGGCAGUGUGGGAAAACCUUCAGCCACCGAUCGGCCAUCACCCAGCAUCAGAUCAUUCACACAGGAGAGAAGCCGUAUGAGUGUAUUGAGUGUGGGAAAGCCUUUAGCCGGAGUGCGUACCUUAGUCAACAUCAGAAAAUUCACAUCGGGGAGAAGCCCUACAAAUGUGGGCAGUGUGGGAAAACCUUCAGCCAUCGAUCGGCCAUUGCCCAGCAUCAGAUCAUUCACACAGGAGAGAAGCCGUAUGAGUGCGGCAUUUGUGGGGAAGCCUUCAGCCGGAGCGCCCACCUUACUCGCCACCAAAGGACUCACACCAGGGAGAAACCCUAUGAGUGCAGUGAGUGUGGGAAGGCCUUCAGUCACAGCUCAACCCUCAUUCAGCAUCAGAUAAUCCACACCGGGGAGAAGCCCUAUGAGUGUAAUGUGUGCGGAGAAGCCUUCAGCCGGAGUGCCCACCUCACUCGCCACCAAAGAACUCACACCAGAGAGAAACCGUACGAAUGCACUGAGUGUGGGAAGGCUUUCAGUCAUAGUUCAACCCUCAUCGAGCACCAGUUCAUCCACACUGGAGAAAAGCCCUAUAAAUGCAAUGAAUGUGGGAAGGCCUUCAGCCGGAGCACAUAUCUCACUCAGCACCAGAGAAUCCACACUGGAGAGAAGCCCUAUGAAUGUAGAGAGUGUGGGAAAGCCUUCCGUCUGCGCUCAACCCUUACUCAACAUCAGAUCAUCCACACUGGAGAGAAGCCCUACCAAUGCAAUGAGUGCGGGAAGGCUUUCAGCCAGUUCUCUACCCUUAUUCGGCAUCAGAGAACCCAUUCUGGAGAGAAAGCCUAGCAGUGUCACAGAGCCAGAAUAGCUAGCCAAGGAGUCUUCCGGCCCACAACCUGCUGCCCUGCUGGGGGUCUCAGUCAAAUCAGUCAGCUGUCUUGUGCCUUAAUCCCUUCAUCUGCAAAAUGAGAGUCUUCAGCUACAGGAACACUAAGCUAGCCUUUGGGCUCUCAGGUUAGUCCUCCUUUCUUCAAAUUAAGACAAAAUGGUGGCCAAGAUCCCUUUCCACUCAUUAAUCCCGUGAUAACUCUGCAGUGCAGCGAUGUCAUCCAGUUAUUCAUUCCCAUCUGUCAGAGGUUUGUAGUGCACUGGGCUAGGGGCUUCAACUAUGAGAAAUCCUAGGACUUAGUGAAUAGAGAACUGGAGUUCCAACCAAGACCUGGAUUCAAAUCCCACCUCCAACAUUUGCUAUUCAACUCAAUUCAGCCAACAUUUGUUAAACACCUACUAUGUGCCAGGCACUGAGCUAGGCUUUGUAGACACAAGGACCAAAAUGAAACAAUUCCUGCCCUGAAGGAGCUCCCAUUCUGAGACAAGGAUCAGGAAAUGCAAAGAAAGACAAAGGAGCUGUGUGACCAGAACUGCCACCUCAGCUUUCCUGUUCACAAAAUGAGGGUGACAAUGCCCCUGACCCCUGAGUCACAGGGUGCUUGUAAAGCUCAAAAAGCACAUUGUAGACCUUAAAACUGGACACAAAGAGCAGUUAUUACUGUCCCUGUGCUGGUCGAAUAUCACAGAAUUGGUACCAGGAAUAAUAACUCACUUACAGCAUGCCCAUUUUCCAGAUGAGGAAAUUGUUGCUCCAAGGUCAGGACUCGCUCCAAGUCACAAAACAAGAAAGUGUCAGCGCCUGAAUUUGCUCGUACUCCACAACCCCCACAGAAAGGCAGCUGGGUGCUGAAGAGCAUAGAGUUGGACCUGAAGUCAUGAAGUCCUAAGUUCAAAUGCAGCCUCAGACACUUGCUUGCUGUAUGACUGUGGGCAAGUCACUUAACUGUUGUCUGUCCACCUCAGU